CGUCUCCACGUUGGAGCACAAGUUAAUUCUCUCUUGAGUGGAAAUGUUUGUUGCAUCUUUUUAAAAUUCUCCCUUCACGUUAUUAUGGUACUUUUUGUUCGGUAUAUUUUCCUUUUGUGAAGACUGAAGCUGUGGAGGAAUAUCGAGGCAUUUAAAGAGCGCACUGGUGACUGGUGCUCAGCCUGUGCAGACACCGCCAUGACCCCCCAAGCUCCAGCUGUGCUGCCCAGACUGUGGUGGACCAUCUACCAUACCAAAGGGUAGCCGGCAAGGAUGGUCUCCACACUGCAAGUUACAACCAGGAUUCUCCAGGAACACAAUAUGAUAAUCAAGCUGUCCCUGGAGGGCUCAGACUAGAAUAUAUAGAUAACCUCUCUGGUAACAGCCUCCGUAGUCAAACGGGUUGGGGCUUUCUCCAGCUGCUUUUAUUAUCUAAAUAGACAAAGUCAAUAGAACUGAUUCUUUCGAGACACGUUUUUACCUGGCAAACUUUGUUUUUAAGACCCCCAAAAAUUGCAGCCAACAAUUCAUUGUAUUUUUGGAUGGUUUGGAUUUUUAAGCUCCAUUUUUAAAAACUUUUUCAAACUGGUUUUCGAACUAUUUAAGACACAGAAUAGACAGGUGAGGACAGCCGCCAUGCCCAGGGCAAGGAAAGGGACCGGUCCCCCACCUGAGGACAUUGACACGUUCCCCACGGAGGCGGAGGAGGCUCGGUCGCCCCACUCGCACAGGACAUCCUCAGAGAAGACGUCUCCUCUCAGCAGAUACAUCGAGACUGAACACCAGCAAGCGGGGCUCUUCUCUCUUUCCCCCUUCGACGACUCCCCGGACACCGCCGCUGACCUCCAGAAGAAAAGGAGGAAGAAAUGCGGCGACUGCGGCCCCUGCCUCCGCAGAGAGAACUGCGGGAGCUGCGCAAACUGCUUGAACCGCAAGACGGGCAAGCAGAUCUGCAAGAUGCGCAAAUGUGACCAGCUGAAGAGGAGACGGGAGGAGUGGGAGGUGGAAUAUUUCGAAGACAACCGACGAGGCAGCUCGGGAAACCCUGAACUGGCAGCCGAGACUGUUUGCGAAGUCACUUCAGUGGAUGGCCACAGAAGUGGAGGCCAGAUGGAAAUUGGGUCACAUGACCGCCUCCAGGAAGGCGUUGUGAGCCUGGAACUGACCAAUGGGGUGAGCCGCUACCCUAACGAUGAUUCGACAUCUAGUGAAACAGAGCAGCAGAGGGCAGGAAGCGUGCCUCCAAGGCAGAGCUGGUUGUCAGUACAUGGCAAGGUCAGUGACACCCAACAACCAUGUUGGAACCGCAGCAGCGACACAACCCCUGGUAAACCUGUCCACCACGCAGACAUGGAGGAUGCCCACAAUCUAGUGGCUUUUUCUGCUAUUGCUGGUUCCCUGCCUCCAUCCUCCUCGUCCUGCCUCGUGCGACCUAACACAGCCCAGCUGUAUGAGAAGUUCACCAAGGAGAAGGAUGUUGAGGGGUCACAGGCCAAAGGCUCUGCGGAAGCUCCUGAGAGAAGCUGCCAAACUCCAGAAGACCUGAACACCCUACAGUCAGCACUGAACCAAGCCAAACAUGGAACCAAGCCCCCUAACUGCAACUGUGAUGGGCCCGACUGUCCAGACUACCUUGAGUGGCUUGAGAAGAAGAUCAAGUCUGCAGCCAAUAAGGAUCAAGGUGCCCGCGAGAUGGCCGAUGCUCCCCCGCACCUGCAGCCUCACCUACAACCGAACCAUUUGCAGCAACCCCGCCAGAUGAACGGUGGCCACCGUCUGUCUACUUCUUACCCCCAGCAGGGAAGUCAAGGCCCUAAUCUCAGCCAAGGGCCGUGUUCCAAACCACCGAUUCCCUGCUCUCCCCAGGUGCUCUCCAUAGCCAAGGAAAACAACAUAAGUCUUCAGACAGCCAUUGCCAUUGAAGCCCUGACCCAGUUGUCUGGCACUGGUCCACAACCUGCCAGCUCACCAGGUCAACUUUCCUACAGCAGCAACCUCCACCACCACCACCACAAUACGCAGAACCUCCCAUCUCAACCCUCCAAUGGCAAUGGCUUGUCCUCGGCCAGCACACACUCAUCUUCCUCACGCUCUCAAUCUGUCCCUCCAGGACUAAACACCAUUCAGCAGGGCUCACUUUCCUGUGAGCACCACAGGCCCCAAUCCCAGGGCCAGCCACCCCAUGCUACCCCUCUCCCGUCCUCUACCUCUCCCUUCCCAGGUCAGGGAAAACAUCCAGGCUUCAGCUCUAACCCCCAGCAGUGGAAGCAAGGCUCAGACAGAGGCUCUGAACAGAGGAACCCGUGGAUGCUUAAAAAGUCCGAGCCUCAGUCUCACUACGCUGCUGCCCCUCACAGCAGCUCAGACCCCAUGUCGGAGCUCAAGCAGCUGCUUGGUGACACCAGUGGUAAGUUCAGCCACGCUCAUUUCAAGCUCCCAGUCACACAACCAAUCGUCUUGAACCAGAAUGGAGGUAUCCAGGCCCAGGACAACCCAGUAUUGGCCAGGAUAAAGCAAGAACCGGACUCUGGAGAGAACUACCAUCACAUUCCCUCCAUGGGACAUUACGGUAUGGUUAACGGUCAGCAGCAGGGUCAGCACUACACUGGCCCUCCCCUGUCUCCUGGCCAAGCAGCCAUCAGCCUAUCCACUCAGGCAGCUCUGCAACAACACCUUCACUACAAGAGGAACCUCUUCUCUAGCCACUCCCCUGGAUUUGGAGCACCGGGCCCUCAUGCCCCUAUGGCUGGUCAAAACUUAAAAAAAUGGUGGCCCCAGGUGAACGCAGAAGGUUUGCCACAUCUCGCCAUGAAACAGGAACCCAAGGAACCCAAGAAGAGGAAAAGCAGUCAAGGAUCUCCUGUCAUAAAACCUGUGAGUGGGAUGCUUUCAGGCCCUCCGCUGCCCAAACCUAAACAGAUAGUCAUCAAGAAGACCAAGCAGAAAGCCUCCCUUCCAACCUUCCUGCCGCCGAUUCAGAUCACCGUGCAAAAACCAUCAGCCCUCAUGGUGAACAGAGCCCUGACCAGCAUGCAACCAGGUCCUCACCCCUCUCUGCCCCUCCACAGUAACUCCACUCAGGCUGCUGCUGGAGGCCUCUCUGCCCCAGCCCAAUCUCAGGUAUCCAUCUCCAACUCCUCAAUGACUCCCUCUUCCAAUGUUUCUGGUUUGUCAGAAAACACUCCUCUACUCCAACCUGCGGCCCCUGUAGCUCAGGCUAAGUCAGAGGGAGUGGGGAGCGUGGCCUCCGUUAACACCAGCACCACCACGCCUGUGACCCCCACAUUUCCAUCCAGCGCCUCACAAUUACAGGGCGUCAUCAACAUAGACCCGAAGUACGAAGAUUUGAUCCGCCAGUUUGAGGCUGAAUUUGGGGACUCGCCUCCAGACGCAGGUGCCACUCAGCCAAAGGAGGUCAGUGCUACAGCCCCUCAGCCGAGGACUCAGUCCGAGACCAGUACUCAGGACAUCAGUCUCACGUCAUCUUCCACCUCCCUACCAUCUCCCUUAAUUCUCGCCAAUCGAGCGAGUUCGACACCUCAUGCAGAUGAUCGGGAGAUGGAAGUCAGCAAGGAUGAAUCGGGGUCCCAGAGUGAAGCAACCUUGAACCAGGCGUCCACAGAAAGCUUUAUGCGGGAUAUCUCACUACAUCGUCAGGCUAUUCUGAACAAGCAGCAUCUGUCAGAGAACAUGCCAUGUUCUCCGCUACCCAAACGCAUGAAGAUUGAGACCUCGGGUGACAUAGCAGUACUUUCCACCACAUGUUAUUCUGAGGAGGACACACCCACAAAGGACAGCCUGCCUGCUUCGCCAUCUCUCAGAGGCUUCCUAGAGUCUCCGCUGCGCUACCUGGACACCCCCACCAAGACCUUGCUGAGUACUCCCUCGAAGGAUCUGCAGGCAGAGUUCCCUACCUGCACCUGUGUGGAACAAAUCCUGGAGAAAGAUGAAGGACCGUACUACAAUCACCUUGGAUCAGGACCCACCGUAGCCUCCAUACGAAACCUGAUGGAGACCAGGUAUGGAGAGAAGGGGGAUGCCAUCCGGAUUGAGAAGGUGAUUUACACAGGCAGAGAGGGAAAGAGCUCACGAGGAUGUCCUAUCGCCAAGUGGGUGAUCCGUCGAGGCAGCGAAACAGAGAAGCUGCUGUGUCUGGUGCGUCAUCGCGCGGGCCACCACUGUGCCAACGCUGUCAUCAUCAUCCUCAUCAUGGCCUGGGAAGGUGUCCCGAGGGCCUUGGCUGACAAGCUGUACCACGAGCUCAGUGGCACCCUCACCAACUACGGCAACCCCACCAGCCGACGCUGCGGCCUCAACGACGAUCGUACCUGCGCGUGUCAGGGUAAGGACAGUGAGUCUGCUGGUGCUUCCUUCUCCUUUGGCUGCUCCUGGAGUAUGUACUUCAAUGGCUGCAAAUACGCCCGGAGCAAAAUACCCCGCAAGUUCAGACUACAAGGAGAUCACCCUGAAGAGGAGGACAAACUCAGGGAUAACCUACAGUAUCUGGCAACCGAGGUGGCUCCUUUGUACCGGAAGCUCGCACCAAAGGCCUACAGUAACCAGUGCGAGACUGAGUCGAAGGCUCCGGAGUGCAGGCUGGGCUCGAAGGAAGGCCGGCCCUUCUCUGGAGUCACUGCUUGCAUGGACUUCUGUGCCCACGCUCACAAGGACCAGCACAACCUCUACAAUGGUUGCACAGUGGUAUGUACUUUGACUAAGGAGGACAACCGUUCAGUGAAGGAGAUUCCAGAGGAUGAGCAGCUCCAUGUGUUGCCUCUUUAUAGGAUCUCCCAGACUGAUGAGUUCGGCAGUGAGGAGGCCCAGCGUCUCAAGAUGCAGACGAAAGCCAUCCACGUGCUUCAGGCUUUUCGCCGUGAGGUGCGCAAGUUGCCCGAACCUGCCAAGUCCUGCCGACAGCGCAGACUGGAGGCCAAGAAGGCCAAUUCGGAGAAGAAGAAAAAUAAACUCAUGCAGCAGGCAGGAGCGACACCGGAUAAAACAAUCGUCAAGGCUGAGGUCUGCAUCACAGGUUCCCCUCAACUCCAAGACAAUAAAGCAAUUAUAAAACAAGAGGUGAAGCCCAACAUCAAGAAAGAGCCGUUCAAUGGAUCAAUGGAUGGAUACCGUGUGCAGGCAGCAGACCCAUUCAACAACAUCUAUCCGCACCCUGCCUACUAUGCAAGGGGAGGCCUUCCCCCGACUGGCCAGCCCUCUGCAUCCGACCCAGUAAACGGUUACCACCACAAUCUGCCCGCGAUGCACUAUGGCUACUACAACUACUCCCCCAAUGCACUUUUCCGCCCUAAGCUGAGGACCUACGAGGGUCGAAAUGGCUCUUCGCCCAAAGCAGGCGGCAAGGUUGCCCAGGCUGACUUGAAGCCUGACAUUCAAAGCCUUCAGGCCAGACUGACCCAGUCCUUCCCCAGCCACCCAGAGCAAGCCAACCAACCAAACCUCAGCGCUUACGCCCAGCACGCAGACCACAACCAGUCCCGUUCUUCCUCCGUGUGCUCCGAACAGUCCAACAGAGGCACCCCAGUCAUCAAACAGGAGCCUAUGGACGUGCCGGUCUAUGAAGGCACAACGCACGGCCAGGCUGGUGCCAAGACACCGAGCAACACCCCCCAGCCUGCAGCCUGGCAAGGGCAUAAGUUUAAUGGAAGUAUCGUUCCCACCAACUGGGAAGGCCAUCUGCAUCCAAAACAAGGCCCCGAGGGCUCGUUGUUGACCCCGGACAAGCAGCAGUUUCACCAGCAUCCCCAGCAGCGGCAGGCCUCUCCUUACCCGGCGCAGUGGACAUCCUACCCAGGCUCAAAUGCCCUAAAUCCUUCCCCUGCUCCUUCGGCAUCACUCCAGGUACCUCCCUCUUCAUCCCCAUCACCUCACCUAGGGACAGCGUUCCCCGGUAACAUGCACCAAGGGUCCACGCGCCCCUCUACCCCGCGCUCAAACACCCCUCAGACAGGUACACCGCAGCCUGGCAGCGCUCACUCAGGCUCAGUCACAACGCACCCGGGCCCAGGCACUCCGGGCCCAGGCACCCCGGGCCCAGGCACCCCGGGCCCAGGCACUCCGGGCCCAGGCACUCCGGGCCCAGGCACCCCGGGCCCAGGCACCCCCAGGCACUGGGCCAGCCCUGCUCCUAGCCCUCAGCCAAAUGCUUGGGCCAUGGGGCCCGCGGCGUAUAGCCCUGGUUUGAAGCACAGCAAUCCUGCAGGGGCCUACGCAGACAAGAUCUGGUCCAAGACCGGGGAAAGUCGGUGUUCCACCCCUCUGGGGCUCCAAGAGAAGGCCUGGAAGUCCGGUGGAGGUUCAAUGGCGGGCAUUUCCCCGUCUCCUACGCCCGAGGGUCGCCUGUUCCCUGAUGCCCUGCAGCAGUCAGAUCAGGCCUGCUGGACUCCCAACCGAGCCGAGAGUGACGUUGAGAGCACCAAAGGCCGCGAGGAGUACGACGAAGAGGAGUGGUCCGACAGCGAGCACAACUUCCUGGAUCCCAACAUUGGUGGUGUAGCCGUAGCACCAGCCCACGGGUCCAUCCUGAUUGAAUGUGCCCGUCGGGAACUACAUGCUACCACUCCGCUCAGAAAGCCUGAUCGCUCCCACCCCACCCGCAUCUCCUUGGUCUUCUACCAGCACAAGAACCUCAACCAGCCCAUGCACGGCCUGGCUGUCUGGGAAGCUAAAAUGAAGCUGCUGGCGGAGCGAGCACUGGAGAGGCAGCAGGAAGCAGCUCUCCUUGGCCUCUCCCAGGAGGAGAUCAAGGCCCUCGGGAAGAAACGCAAGUGGGGGGCUACGGCGGCAGGUGCCAGUCCAGGACCGGGACAAUCUAAAGACAAGAGGGAGGGGCCAGUGACGCGGUUAGCACCCACGCUGCACACCUCCACCACGGUGACUGCGUCUCCCUAUGCCUUCACCCGCCUCACUGGGCCCUACAGCCACUUUGUCUGAGGUCACGCGGAUACAGAAAGACUGACGGCUACAGAGCGGUGCAGCGGAGAGAGCAGGGCGAAUGUCUCUCAGCCGUCCCACAGUCUGGUCUCUCCAUCCUGGCCCCCUCCAGUCCCAAUAGAGGGGGGGGGGGGGACAUUUUUAUUGUUUUUUACCUCAUGUCAGGCAGGUGUUUGGGCUUCAGACACACUGCCUGUGGUGCUCUUCCUCUCUCUUCCCUGUAGAGGAUCUCCAUUGCUUUUUCUUGUUCAUAGAAUUUUAAUGAUUCUAAUUAUUGCUAUUAUUAGCGCUAUUAUUAUGAUUGCUAUUGUUACUGUCAAUGUUGUUAUUACAGGUAUUAUUAUAAUGAAGACUUGUUUGUUUUUUAUUAUUGCUGUUUUCAUUAAUGUUAUUAUUAAUGAUGUGAUUGUUUUUGGUUAUAUAUAUUUUUUUUAAAUCAAUCAGUCUGUCAGACUUAGACAAUUGCUUUUCCAUGUUUGGAAAACGUGUACCCUUUUUUGUUUCUGAUUUGUUUGUUGUUGUCAAUCUUCCAGCUGUACUUAGAGGAGGAGCCAUUAUCGGCCUGGUAAGACAGCAAAUCAACAUUAUGGAAAUCAUAUGUACGCAUCUGAAAAAAGGGGUUUUCAGUGGGCUUGUUUCAGAUAUCAAUCUCUAUUUAAAGAUGUACAGAUGUGUAUCUUUGAUUUUAUGGCAAGAAGCCCUCUGUAAAAGUUAAUUCCAAUUAUUGUCAACCUGGGGCUCUAUUUUCUAGUUUUAUUACUAUUCCUGAUCACGAAUACGUUGACCAACAGCCCUGCUUUCUUAUACACAAAAUACAGUAUCACUGUAGCGAAGCCUUCCAACAGCCAUUUUUAUAUUUUCUAUAGCAUGGAAUUUGCAUAUACUGUAUCUUUGUAUUUGCAUCCGUUCACAUUUCCCCGUUACCUGGGAAAAUGUGAACUUCAGCCUUCCGGUAAAAAAAUUCCAGUUGCCCCUUAAAACACAUUUGGAAAAGAUUUAGCUGCCUCUGUUGCCGUCGGAUGACGUGCUCCUCCUCCUCCGUACCCCUUCAGACUGGUGCUCAACUUCCAGCUGUGUUUGAUUUUCAUUCCGCUACUCUCCAUGGCACUUGAUGCUGAACUUAGGUGCUCUCUAACCCGGCUCGACUAUUAUCAGCAAGUGAAUUUGUUUUGCCCGAGGUGGAGUGUCAGAAUGAGGAGCUCUAUUGCUUUAAGACAUCGGCGACGAGAGAUUUGCUUCACAAAUCCUGUCACGUGCUCCCGUAAACUGUACAUAUCUGGCACUCCGCUGGGGGACAAAAAUAAGUGACGCUAUUUGCAAAUGCCGUUCCACCCAGUUCGGCAACUGGCACGUAGAUGGGUAACAGGUGGCACACUUUAUCUUCCUAUUACAUUCAAGUAUGCGGGAGCACCUCGCAGUGUAAACUCUAGAGGGCAGCAGUGGCUGCCGCUUCAAAGUGGUGUGUACAAACAAACCGUGUAGCGCGUGAGCUCCAUCCGGCGACCAGCAGCCUCUCCUCGCUACUUCAACAAGCCGCUGCCAGCAGAGGGGGAUCUCAGGCCCGUUAGCGGACCGCGGAUGGGCGUUGUGAUGUAGUGGAUCUCACGGCGCGGAUGUGAGCGGGUGCUCUUUUGGAAGCCCGUCCUGGGGUUGUGCAGAGGGAAAUGGUGUUUGGGACAGCGGUGCUUUUGGUGCUAGUACACACACACACCCUCACGUAGACACACACGCACACACACUCUCCGGUGCUCUCCUGCUACACUUGAUAUACUGUGAAGGGCCCCCUCCUUCCUCUGCAUGGUGCUGUCAUCUUAGAGCAGAGAGAGGGAGAGAGACGCGUCCUUCUGCGGGCGCCCCGUCUCCACAGAGCCAGUCAAUCAAAGGAGCCGCCCCGCGGCGGCAGAUCUGACGCUGGGCCUCACAACCGGUUUCAUUUUAAGGUGCUUUUUGCAAAUUAUUAUGGAAAUGUGGGUUUUGUCUCACACGGCGCUCUGUACGGGGCAGAGAAAGCACAGUAAGUUCAGUGCAUCGCCCGUAAGCCUAUUCACAGAGAUAGACAACAGUGAAAUGGAGAAGUGGAGACCUGGGACUUGGCGUCAAAUGCAAGAGUCAAUGAAUCUCUCGGUUUGCGUGUGUGAAAGGGACUCAAACACAUGGUUGCGUGUAAGAGAAAAGCCAAAGAGAGACUAUUUGACGGCCUGGAAAGAGUCUUGUGAGCCGCUCGUUUGUUGUUAUCGGGCGUCGACAGUGGGGCUGUUUGAUUCGUGGUAUUCGAGCGGGGACACGGUUGCCUCGCGGCGUCUGUCAGAAAUGAAAGUGAGCGGCUAAUAUUGGAUAGAGGCAGACUCCUGGCUGCCCGGUGGUUGUUUGGUCCAAGGCCCCGGGCAUUUGGUGUAGGACCGCGAUACCUCUCCCGAAGGUCUCCAGUCUUUUUACCUCGCGCUGUAGAGACACUGGUCACAAUCAGCAGAAAUCAUGCUUAUGUCCUUUUGUGUGCUCUAAAUCUCCACACUCAUUUUAACCUGUUUUCUUUUGGGUUUUUCUACUCUUAUUUAUUACUACAUGGUGAUGAUGAUAAUGAUUGUCUUUGAUGUUAUUGUUUUUUCAUCUUUUUUUAUAUAGCUAAUACAAAUUGUACAUAGAGAAGAAAAGAUUUAUAAAAGCACUUUUAAUCUUGAUUUUAAACAAAAAGAAAGAGCCGACUAUUGACAACUUGAAGCUUAGUUUUUUUGUUUUGUUUUUUUUCUCAAGAGAGAGAUAAAAAUGUAAAUAUUAAAAUAUUUAGGUAAGAUUAUUUAACUUGUGAUGAUAGUAAAUAAACCAUAAAUGACAAGGGGGUAUUUUGAAGUCUCUGACAGCCCUCAACAACACCUGGUCCCGAUGUGUUGUGUGUAAAUGUGUGCUUAGUAACACUGCUGUUUUUUCUUUUGUAAGUACUGUAACCCUUGUCAGCAUGUAACUGAGACCUGUCACUUUCUACUAAGAAAUACAUCAGCUCAUUAAUGUAACAUUGAACCAAGCUUGACAUACUUACUGGCAAAAGUCAAAAUAACUGAAGGGUACUCCCCAAGAAGAUUUAAUGGAAGUUGGAGCGAGCCGCUAGUUAGUUUAGCUUAGCAUGAAGACGCAAAAUGGGGUGGGGGGGGGGGCAAGUAGACCGACUCUGUGAACAGGCAAAAAAACCCACCCACCAGUACCUCUAAACCCCACUAACACCGUACAUUUCAUUUAUUCAUCGGUCCAAAAACCAACGCUUCACCAAGUCAACCUUUGGUUUCAUGGUGGUUACGCUGGUUACGAGUCUAUAGGCCGUCCGCGUAACCAGGCAACCAGCGGAGACCGCAGGAAGUGACCGCGCCCUGCCACGAUGGUGUGUGCACAUGGACUAAAACGUUUGUUUUUUGCGCGGAUUCAUCAGCAGUGCUUCUCGAGCACUUUGCUCAGAGCCAAACUAACCACUGCCCCCUAUUUCCAGUCCUUCACGCUGAGCUAAGCUAACUGGCUACGUACGGAAAUGAGAGGGGUAUACAUCGCCUCAUCUCAUCUUAUAUUUCCCAGAAUAUUUACCCUAUUCCCUUAAUACCAUUAAAGCUGCCCUUUACAAAUUUGCCCCCGAUCCAAAGGAGUGAAGUUUAAAGCCGGGCAGAGGUGGGAAUGUUUUUUAGCGAUCUUUGUCAGUUGUGUUAGACUAUCAGGUAAGAGACUCCCUGCUUGUUUAGAUGUAUCUAUGAUUAUCUACUCAUAAUAGUAAGUAUGUACUUGGCUUAAGAAUCAUGACGCCCCUUCGGAACACAACUUUGAGUGUUUGGUUUGGAAUAAUUACUCGUGUGAUACACAUAUUAUGGCUCACAGUGGUUUGACCGGUGCUGGGGCCGGAACUGGUACAGCAACGGCACAUUUUACUCUUCAAGCAUAACGCACGGACCCCAUCACACACGCACACAAAUGCGUAAACGGGUGCUGAGGACACAUCUUAAAAUGUCCAACUUCACGAGAGGUCUUCAUGAGAAGCGCCUCCUCCCAAGCUCGUUUUAAGACGGGGGGGAUUGGUCAGCUGGUGCUAUGAUGCUAACACCUAAUAAUUCACUGUGUAAAAAGACUAAAGAUGUGAGGGAUAAAUAAUUACCACAAAUAUUUUCUGAGCUCUUCGAGAGUCGAGAGAAAUACACUUUUGAUUCAAGCAGUUUCGCAGUAUGAGAAGCUGCUCUGGUGCUGACUUUGUGGAGUCUUUUGUUACGAUGCAACUCAACGGGCACUCAAACAGUUCAUUACAAUCUAUUAACAUUCUCUCCGUAUUGUACUUGAGCUCCUUUAAACAACGAUGAAAUAUAGAGUCAUAUUGUAUGACGACUGUUACCUGGGUUUCAUUUUUGGUAUCAUAGGCUCUUGAAAUGAUCUUUAAGCAAGUUGUACACUUAAUGAUGAAGAUAUUUGAACAAUACAAGAAUAUCUGUUGUGUUUUGCCCCUUUCCUGUCCCUGGUCACGCACUUCCUUUACUCAACCGCUCUCCUAUUCUUGACACGUGUAUAUUUAGUCUUUCUCACACGCACACAAACAUAGAUAUACAGAUGCAUCUCACUGCGUAUGGCCCACAUUUAGAAGUCUGCUGAAAACCUAAUUUAAUGAACACUCUCCAAAUUUGGGAUGGAGACUUGAACCCCGGCCCGUAUUAAAGAAAAAAAAAAAAAUGAACCUACACAACUGGCAGCUACUUUCCUUUUUGAGUUAGGAUUGUUCUUGGUUCUUUAUUUUCAUGUCAAGGAUGCAGUAUGUAAAAAAGUGUUUUUGUUCAGUCUCUCUCUCUUUGUAGCUGUAUGGUGUAUUAUGUGAAUACAUAGUGUAUGUGGUAAAAAAACCACAAUAUUGUUUUAUGUUGCGCGAUAAAUAAAAACAUUGAAGUGAAAA